CAAAUGGGUGUAUGUCUCGUGCUACACCAUUUUCGGAAAGACAGAGGUCCUCAACACAAUUACAAGUUGUGGACCAGGCUUAUGUUGUCUGAAGCUGAAUUGGUUGCAACGAAGACCAAGAGCAAAGGUAGCCAGGCACAGUCUCCACUGACCCAGAACGUGACAGCGAUUCAGGGAGGAACAGCAACAUUGACCUGCAAGGUGGAGCAAAAUGACAACACCUCCCUCCAGUGGUCGAACCCGGCCCAGCAGACCCUCUAUUUCGACGAUAAGAAAGCUCUAAGGGAUAAUCGGAUUGAGCUGGUCCGGUCUUCAUGGCAUGAACUGAGCAUCAACAUCAGUGACGUGACUCUGUCAGACGAAGGGCAGUACACGUGUUCCCUGUUCACCAUGCCUGUGAAAACUGCCAAAGCCUUUCUCAUAGUGCUCGGAGUCCCUCAGACCCCUGUAAUAAGUGGCUUUAAAGGACCCGUUAAUGAAGGAGACUUAGUGGAUCUGACAUGUACCACAGUCGGAAGCAAACCAGCUGCUAACAUCCGAUGGUUCAAGGGUGAUAAGGAGAUUCGAGAUGUGCCGUCCAUAAAAGAACCCGACUCCAAAGGAAAGACAUUCACAGUGAGAAGCACCCUGGGCCUACAGGUGGAUCGUAAUGAUGACGGUGUCACUGUGAGCUGUUCUGUGGACCAUGAAUCUCUACAGUCUUCACCGCAAGUGGCCAAGCAAGUCCUUGACAUUCAGUAUGUACCUUCAGUGAAGAUUGAUUUCUCCAGGAACUUUGCACGAGAGGGAGAUGAAUUGCGGCUGGAGUGCCGUGCUACUGGGAACCCGACACCUGAGGCAGUGAAGUGGAAGAAGGAUGGAGCUGAGCUGCCGGAUCCUGACCGAAUGGUGGUGGAGGGCAAUGUCCUGAUCAUCAGCGCCUUGAAUAAAACAGACAAUGGCACAUAUUACUGUGAGGCAGCGAACACCAUGGGCCACAACAGCGCUGAGUACAUCCUGUUUGUAUAUGAUGCUCCCAUCUCUCCGUCUCCCACCAUCAGCACCCCUUCCUCUCCCUCCACUAGAACCCCCGUUACCAUAGCAACCAGCACCACCAAACUGACCGCUGUCUCCAGGGCCCGAGAUCCCAGUGCCCUGGCCGGACAGUCUGGUCCAGAUCACGCUGUGAUUGGUGGAGUUGUGGCUGUCGUUGUCUUCAUCACGCUGUGUUUGGUGAUCGUUCUCGGGAGAUACCUGGCUCGACAUAAAGGAACCUAUCUGACCAAUGAGGCGAAGGGAGCUGAGGACGCGCCUGAUGCUGACACAGCCAUCAUCAACGCCGAGGGGAGUCAGGCAAAUGCAGAGGAUAAAAAAGAAUAUUUCAUCUGAGUAUCCGACAUUUCUCAGAGAUUCGACCAACUGCUCUUAGAAACUGGCUCUCAACUGGACUUUCUCAAAUAGCAAUCCCCCACACGCCCCCUCCCCCACACUCCCCUUCCCCCACACGCCCCCUCCCCCACACUCCCCCUCCCCCACACACUCCCCUUCCCCCACACUUCCCCUCCUCCACACUCCCCCUCCUCCACAACCCCCUUCUCCUAUGUCCCUGACCCCAACACUCCCCUCCUCUACACCUCACCCCCACACACUUCACCCCAAUCAUUCACCACACCCAUAUCCCGAUGCAACCCCCAUCCCUACACCUCUCACCCCACACACCUCCCCACAUCCCCUACCCAAUCCCUCCCCACUCGCUCCCCCAGCCCAUCACCACUGGUUCUCCCCCUACCCUCCCCCACACCUCACUCUGUACUCUCCCCCAUACCACCUCCCCUUCCCUUCCCAUGCCUCCCUACACCUCCCCCCAUUCACUUCCUCUGCAUGCCCCUUCUCCCCCUCUCCAACCCUUCCCCUACACCUUUCCUCAUGCCUCCUUUCCAUUGUCCCCGCCUCUGCACCGCCCCCUCCCACAGUCUCCCCACCCAUUCCACCAUACCCUUCCUUCCCCCCUUCCAUCCCCCCUUCCACCACACCGUCACCCCCACACCCCCCACCUCUAACAGCCCAACAUUUAGGAACUGACCAUCACCUGCACUGAUUCAGUUAGAGAUUCAUCCAAAAAUAUUCACCUUUCCGCCCUCCCCAUUCCCAAA